AUGGGAUCCCAGUGCUGGCAAGGGGUGCUGAACCACGGCAACCACUUCCAUGAUAUCUACAUGGUGUGCCCUGACGAUCCGACCCAAUGGUGCAACCAGUUCUCUUUCGAGUCCGGAGGGCCUACACCGAACCAAUACAGGUUGAGAAUGAUUGGCAUCUUCAUGGGGCUGGUGUGCUCCUCCCACUUCGCGAUCAUCCUGGUUCCGGUAUCCCGCGACAGCAAGAUCUGGUCGGCCCUCGGGGUACCGUUCGAGCGGGCCGUGCUCUACCACGCCAUCGCUGGCCACCUCGCCUUCACCUCCCUCUUCUUCCACGCCCUCCUCCUCACGGCGCACUGGGUCCAGUACGAGGGCUGGAGCCACGCCGUCCACGAGUCCAUCCACUUCGACCCCAACACCCACGGAGGCGUGGACACUCCCAUGGGUUGGAUGGCUGGACUCUGCGCGAUCCCGAUGUGGGCUACCUCGGUGAACUGGGUCCGGCGAAAGUACUACAGCCUGUUCAAGCUCGCACACUGGCUCUUCAUCGGCGUCUUCGUGUUCAGCGUCAUGCACUGGGCUCCCAACGCGCUCUACUUCCUGGGCGGGUUGACGCUGUACAUCAUGCACGUGCUGUCGAGAUUGGAGUCGUGGAAGCGGUGGCGUUACUGGAACCGAUGGUUCAGCUCGGACGCCAGCAAGGCCAGCCCGACCAGCCUCGUCAGCGUGGCGACGAACGACAACUACACGCGGCUGGUGCUCCGCAACCCCAAGACCGGCGGCGUCGGGGACAGCGGCGACAGGUCCGCCCGUGGGGGAUCCUUCGUGUACAUCAGCGUCCCCGCCGCGCUCGGCACCGACGAGGCCCACGCCAUCACCGUUGCACUCCGCGGAGCCCCCCCUUCCUUCUCACACGCGGCGAAACUCUCGAGCGGCAGAAACAGCGCCGCCCAGGAGGACGAGAACGACGUCUUCACCGUGUACAUCAAGGACCUCGGGAAAUGGACGAAGACCCUGAAGGACACGGCAAGGGGCGCGGAGGCCGCGGGGGACGCUCGCUCGCUACUGGUGGACGUGGACGGCUUCUACACCCAGGUCCAGUCGUUCAGCUCCAUGAAGGUCGCGGGGGGGACGUCGCGCGUCAUGGUGGUUGCCGGGGGGUCGGGAAUGACUUCUCUCAUGGGAUUCAUCCAGGACUGGGCUGUCGCCGCAAGGGAAGGCGCCGACGUUCCGGAGGUAAACCUGGCCUGGUGCUGCCGGUACAUGUCGGAGAUGGAACUGGUCGGCGAGUGUCUCCCCUCCGUGCUCGCCAGCGCCGGCAGCAAGAAGGACACGCACUUCUCGAUGUCCCUCUACUGCAGCAGCAGCAAGGCUGACAGCAACGAAUCUCUCACCGUCACAUGGCCCCUGGACGCGAACGCCUACGCCCACACUAGCACCCAGGAUAACGUCAUCGGCACCGGCCACGUCGCCGCCAGCCUCAACCACAGCGUUCGCGUUAUCGUGGCGGGUCUCGCCGCUUUCGCGGGAUACAUCCUGGGCUACUGGGAGGUGGACCGACGGGACCUGAUGAACGUGUUCCACGAGGGGGCCAUCAUCUUCGUCCUCAUGGUGAUCUGCAUCAUCAGCUCCCUGAUCGUGUACGAUUGGCUCUUCUUCUUAGUCCGUAAGCACCUCCUCGGCAAGCGUGUGGACAGCGCCGAAGCAUCGCAGGCCAGCGGGCGCUCCGCCAGAGUCGGCGAGGAGUCCAAGAUGGACCUCGAGUCCUCCACCGUGGCCGGCGUCGGCAGCGUCACCUACAACGUCAACCCGGGCCGCGUACCCACGCAGGCCCUCCUGAUCCGGGAGGCCGAGCUCGCCAAAAAGAGCAACACCUCGUCCGUCAGGGUCCUGACCAGCGGACCCAACUCGCUCGUGGACGGCGUGCUCGCCGAGUCCCGCGCGAUCGACUGGAAGCUCUUCGACACCGAGGCGUUCUCGUUCGAGUUCUAA